UUUUUACGAGUAUAUCGUUGUAAAUUGUAAUUCUGUGAAAUGAAAUGAAGAUGAUGGCUGAAGCCACGGACAAAGGAAGAAUAUGCUAACAACCGUGGAACUGGAUCUGGGUGGCUAAUAGCAUACGGGACACAUAUCCAAUCAAUGAGUUUGAGUUUAGGAGUUGGUUGCAUUCUCUCGAACCCACUUUUACUCCUCCGAUUUAGCUUUCCAUCCUUCUUUUAUUCUUCUUCUUCUUCUUCUUCUUCUUCUUCUCUCCCUCGCCAUCGAUAUCGAUCCUUCUCCGCCAAUCCAUUUUUGACCAGGCGUAAGCCCAUCUCAGGAAAUAAUAAAUUGCUAUUCCGCGCUCUAGAUAUUGGUCAUCUGAGUGAACAACAAUCAAACAAGACGAUGAAUUUGGCUCAGGAAUGCCCGGAGGUGAAUAGGAACCUUUAUGCACAUAUUGAGCCGUAUAGUUCAGGUUUUUUGAAGGUCUCUGAUCUUCAUUCGAUCUAUUGGGAGCAGUCCGGCAAUCCAAAUGGACAUCCAGUUUUGUUUCUUCAUGGGGGACCAGGAGGAGGAACAUCUCCUAGUAAUAGGAGAUUCUUUGACCCUGAAUUCUAUCGGAUCAUUCUAUUUGAUCAGCGAGGUGCAGGUAGGAGUACUCCCCAUGCUUGCUUGGAGGAGAACACCACAUGGGAUCUUAUUGAUGACAUCGAAAAGCUGAGAGAACAUUUGGGCAUUCCAGAAUGGCAGGUAUUUGGUGGGUCAUGGGGAAGCACACUGGCCCUUGCAUAUAGCCAAUCACAUCCUGAAAAGGUCACUGGCAUGGUCUUAAGGGGUAUUUUUCUGUUACGGAAAAAGGAGCUUGAUUGGUUUUAUGAAGGCGGUGCUGCAGCUAUAUUCCCUGAUGCUUGGGAGCCCUUUAGAGAUUUUAUUCCAGAGAGUGAGAGGGGUAGUUUUAUCAAUGCCUACAAGAAGAGAUUGAACUCUGAUGAUAUUGAAAUACAAUAUGCGGCUGCUAGGAUGUGGACCAAAUGGGAAAUGAUGACUGCUCAUCUUCUUCCAAAUGAAGAGAGUGUGAAAAGAGGGGAUGAUGACAAAUUUUCAUUGGCAUUUGCAAGAAUCGAAAAUCAUUACUUUGUGAACAAGGGCUUUUUCCCAUCAGAUUCAUUCCUUUUGGAUAACAUCGAAAAAAUAAGGCAUGUCAAGACUACAAUUGUACAGGUAAUCUGGUUGCAACUGUCACAAAGAUACAUGCCAAAGACAGUUUUCAGCCAUCCUAAUACUACAGUACAAUGUACAAUGUGCACAUGGUGUUCAUCCAAUCAGACUGCUAUUGUCCCAGAUGCUGGACACUCGGCAAAUGAACCAGGAAUAGCUGCAGAAUUAGUUGCUGCAAAUGAGACACUGAAAAACAUUCUGAAGACAAACGGGGCUGGAAAUAACUAGUUGUGGCGUGCAUGUGAGACAAUUUGAACUUAUAGGCAGUCCCAGGCCAUCCACAACAAGGAAAGAGUCAAUGAAAAAUAUGCACCAAUCUUUUCAUGUUCUCUGGCAUAUUUUCCGUUGGAGAUCUGGCUCUGGCUCUGGCUCAAAUGUCUUGUGCAAUCUGAAUAUUUUGGUGUGGCUGAGGUGAAAAAACUUUCUAGCCUUGGCUUGACGUUUGGUUUUGUUUUUGUUUUGGACAAUGCGUUGAAUGAAUUACUGUUUAAAUUUGGGUGCAUACACUCUACGCCUAUGGUACCCAGCC